ACUUAUUCUAAGAUCUAACUAGAAUUUAUAGUAUAGAAAAAUUAAGUGAUAUUACUUUUUUUUUUUUAAAUAAAUUUUUAAUAUCCAUCAUAAAUAAUAAUUAUUUUGUGAUAAAAAAAAUAUCCUUAAAAUUGUGUAUAAAAAAUGGCAUUUAAAUUUUUUGAUAAUUUUAUUGUUUUAUUUUUUAUAAUUGGAUGUGUUUUUGGAAAAUUUCCGGAAGAUAUCGAAAAAUGUAAAUAUGGUGAUGUUGAAUGCAUAAAAAAAGUUGCAGGUGAUGUUUUACAAAAAUAUCCACAUGGUUUAGAAAGUUUAAAACUUCCUGAUCUUGAACCAUUUCAUUUGGAAAAUGCAACAUUUGGUGACGCUUCAACACCAAGAGAAAAUUUUGAUGUUAAAUUAAAAAUGUCUGAUUUUGAUCUAUUUGGAUUAUCAAAAAUUGUUUUCGAAAAAUUUGUAGGUUUCGAAAAAGAUCCUACAAAGAGUAAAUUUGAAUUUUAUGGUAGAAUACCAAAUCUUAAAAUUAAUGCAAAAUAUGAUGUUAAAGGUAAAGUUCUUGGUUUACCAAUUGAAGGUGAUGGACCAUUAGAAAUGGAAAUUGGAAAUGUUGAUGUUUCAUUAAAAAUUAAAUUGAAAGAAUCUGAAAAGAAAGACGAUAAAACAUAUACAAAAGUUGAUAAAUAUAAAAUUUUAAUUGAUGCUAAAAGUUUUAAGAUCAAUCUUAAAAAUCUAUUCAAAGGUGAUAAAAAUUUAGGUCAAAGUAUGAAUGAACUUUUAAAUAAAAAUUGGCAAACAAUUUGGACUGAAGUUAGAUCUGAUGUUGGUAAAAUUGUUGGAAAAUUCAUUACGGAUAUUUUAAAUGAUGUUUUUACAUCAUUACCAUACGAAGAUUUAUUUUUACAAGAGAAACAGGAAUAAUAUGUAAAAAUAUUUAAUUAUAAUUACAAAAUAUAGUUUACAAUAUUUCAAAAAAAAAAAAAAUUAAAUUUGUG